AUGACCACUCGAGCUAGACAGCAUACGCAGGAGGAGCUAGAUGAGCUACAUCGCUUCAACAUCCUUGUGCCAUUCUAUCUGUGGAUUGCGCUCGUCGGCAUCCUUGUCUUGGCAUCCUUCAAGCAGCUCGCGACUCAUCUGAUAGCGAGCUCAAGAUAUCGCUACAGUAAGCGUGUGCUCCGACUCAAAGCUGGUCUGCCCUCUUCCCAUCGAGGUUCCGUUCAGACUGUAGCCGAAAAGGAUGCAACGCGAGGCAUCAAAGCCGCAGAGGGCGCCACGCCGGUGAGUCCAGCCGACGAAGGCCUGGAUGUGCGCGGCUACUUGCCACAUCUAGCAAAGGCAACAUUGGCAAUCUGGCGCAAGUAUGCCACUCGCAAACACUGGCUUGCGACACAGCUCCAUCUUCAAAGCACGGGACAGCUGCUUCUGAUCGUCGCCUACAUUGGACUCAACGUCGGUCUCGUGCUCGGAGGCGCAAAGGGCGACAUAGAUUGGCGGUCACAUCAUGCUGCUCGUCUCGCGAAUGCCAACUUGCCGCUUGUGAUUGGUUUGGCGAGCAAGAACAACGUCCUCGCUUAUUUGACGGGCUUUUCAUAUCAUGUCUUGAAUGCGAUCCACCGCUGGUCCGCCAGACUCGUGAUCAUACUCAGUCUGAUUCAUAUCGGAGGUCGAUCGUACGUCAACGUUCCGAGGGUCGCGCCAACCGGUCCUGGACAGGCUUAUAUCGUCUGGGGGAUCGUCGCUACCCUUCUCCUUGCAAUUCUGCACUUUACAUCAUUCCACCCUGUUCGCAACCGAUUCUACCAAACGUUCAUCAUCUCGCAUGUCCUGUUGUUUGUCUUCUUCUUUAUCGCUCUCGCUAUCCACCGUCCGCAAACUGCACCAUUCCUUUACGCCGGACUCGGCAUCUACGUUGUUGAUCGAGUCGUGCGUACAGGCCGCAUAAUCUACUACCACUAUUUCAAGCCGACUCGCGAGAAAAUCAACGCAUGGGUCAAAGUCUUGCCUGGCGAUACGAUGCGGGUCACAUUGCGCACACGGAUGCGUUGGCGCGCGGGUCAGCAUGUAUAUCUGCAUGUGCCGGACAUCAGCGUGGGCGGGCAUCCUUUCAGCAUCAGCUCCAUAGAUCACGAGCUGGGCAUGCCGUUCCGACCUCACGACCAAGCGGAAAGUACUCAACGCCUGCUCAUCCGUGUUAGGGAGGGUAUGACUGGUCGAUUGCGUGACUUUGCACUCGCGCACAAGGAGGGCCACUUGGAAGCCAACAGCUCCCUGGGCGUGCCGAUUGGUCGAGCUUGGAUCGAGGGACCCAUGGGCGCUCUGCCGCCGUUUCGCGAUCACCAGACCGUCUGCCUGGUUGCGGGCGGGUCGGGCAUCACUUUCAUCACGCCUAUACUGUGUGAUCUGGUAAGCCGAGCGCUGGCAAAUAUGCGAGCAGGCUAUGCAUCUACAACUGCGACGACGCUCGUCAAAGUGCACUGGAACGUGCGCUCAUUGUCUCAUAUCGAAUGGAUUGCGGACACGCUACGCGAAUGCAUCGCGCUCUCGCCGCCUGGCUUCCUCGAGUUUACUAUUCACUGCUCGCAGAUCAAGGAGACAACAGCACACUAUCUCACCAGCGAGGAUGACGCACGGCCUGUCAGUCUGCUCGUACAGCCCGGGCGUCCGAAUUACGAGGUCAUACUGGAAGAUGUCAUCAAUUUGACCGAUCGAUCGGACUGGGUCGCUUGCGGUACUUGCGGACCCUCGCCCAUGUCCGAGGCCGUCGCUCGUGCGGUACAGAAGAGCAUACAGCCUCGAGCGGUCAUGCGGGGCGAGAAUCGCAGACUUGUCACGUUCUUCCGGGAAGAAUUUGGAUACUGAUUUUGCAUACCUAUCACAUAACGCGAGAAGCAAGGCUGUUGUACGAGAUAUACAAUGCUACACAAAUUUCACACAUAUGCUGGUCGAU